AUGAUAUGUAAUAGAUUGAGCUUGAUUUUGCCUGAGAUAAUUGCUGAGAAUCAAGGAGCUUUUGUAAAGGAAAGAUUUAUAGCUCACAACAUAAUGGUCUGUCAGGACUUGGUGAGACACUAUGGGAGGAAAAAUAGCAAGCCAAGUUGUAUCAUGAAGCUAGACUUAAAAAAAGCUUAUGCUACAAUUGAAUGGGAGUUUCUAGAAGAAAUGCUAAAGGCUCUUAACUUCCCUGAAAAGUUUGUGAGUCUUAUCAUGCUAUGUGUGAAAACUCCAAAGUUCACUUUAAUGAUAAAUGGCUCUAUGCAUGGUUAUUUUAGCUCUAAAAGGGGACUAAGGCAGGGAGACCCUAUUUCACCUCUCUUAUUUGUCAUCUGCAUUGAAUAUUUGUCAAGGCUUAUGGGGACUUUGGAGAGUCAUCCACAUUUCAAUUAUCAUCUAAGAUGUAAAAAGAGCAAAUUGAAUCGUAUGGUGUUUGCUGAUGAUAUAAUAUUAUGCUGUGAAGGGAAUUUCCCCUCUGUUUAUACAAUGCUAAAGGCAUUCAAACUGUUCUCAGCUACUUCUGGUUUACAAAUUAGUGAACAAAAGUUAGACUUUUAUACAGCAGGGGUUAAUCAGGAGUGUAUUCAGAGAAUCAAAGCUGUUACACAGUUCACUUACAGCAAGCUUCCAUUUAAGUAUCUUGGUGUGCCUGUGUGUGCAAGAAAAAUCAGGGUGGCUGAAUGUAAUGGGAUUAUUGAGAAGAUGUGUGCAAGGAUAAAAGUUUGGAGUAGUAGGAAUCUAUCAUACAUGGCUAGAGUUACUCUAGUGAACUCAGUUCUACUUAGCAUCCAUCAAUAUUGGGCUCAAAUGUUUAUCAUUCCAAAAGCUGUUUUAAAAGAAAUUGAGAAAAUUUGUAGAGCUUUCCUUUGGACUGGAGAAUGGAGCAGUAAUAAAUCAGGUAAUAUAGCUUGGGAGCAUGUUUGCUUACCUAAGCAAGCAGGGGGUGUGGGUUUUAGAAAAAUCCAACUCUGGAAUGUGGCUGCACUAGCCAAAUAUGUUUGGGCUAUUUCUACAAAACAGGAUAACCUGUGGGUGAAAUGGGUGCAUGAGGUAUAUGUAAAAGAAAAUAGCUGGUGGGAUUAUGAUUCUCCAAUUGAUAGCUGUUGGUACUGGAAACAAAUUUGCAAAGUUAAAAGCAAAGUGAAAUUGCUAUAUAGUGAGAACGAAUGGAAGAGUAUGACUAAAUUUUGUGUGCAGAAAGUCUACAAAAAACUGCUUGGGGAACACCCUGUUGUGCACUGGGACAAACUAAUAUGGAAUAGAUUAGUGAUCCCAAAGCACAGGAUGAUAGGUUGGCUGGUGAUGAAACAAAGGCUAAGAACUUUAGACAUUCUGGUGAAGAUUGGAGUUCAGGAUUCAAGCUCCUGUCAGUUGUGUGAGCAUGGUAAUGAAAGCCAUAAUCACCUCUUCUUCCAAUGUCCAUACUCAGCUCAAUGUCUUAGCCUGAUUAGGGGCUGGCUUGGAAUGAAAAAUCAUCAUAACAUAUUUGCACGACAGCUGAAUUUUAUUAUGAAGAGCAAGAGAUCAGGGCUGCAAAAAAGAGUUCUGGCUGCUGUUUAUAAUGGGCUGGUAUACCAGCUUUGGUGGGCUAGAAAUGAAGCCAUCUGGAAUCAUGUUGUAUGGAAACCAGAAAUCAUAUUCAAGAAACUGAAGCAGCUAGUGCAGCAAAGAAUCAGACUAGUGCUUCCUCAGAAAAUUAGUGCUAGAGAUCAAAGUUGGAUAGAUCAAAAGCUGAUGAAUGUAUAG